GCUUUUUACUGAAAUCAUGCAGUGGAAUAUUUUCUAAUUUAAAAAAAAAAGAUGGUGCAUGGCUCAUGUGUCGUCCCUCAAAACAUACUAGAAGUCAAGAAAAACAAGCUUUGCAACCUGAACCUUUUUCAGAGGAGUCCCUCCCCCUUUGUCUCCUCCCUGAUAUUAUAUGUAUGACCUGAGGAGGGAGGUUUCUGCAGCAGUAGAAUCCAUUUGGAUAUUGAUGCUGUUGAUGCUCUGGACGUGUUGUGGAUUUAUACCUGAAAACAGGUGCCAUCUUCACCUCCUGCCAGAGUUUGUUUGCUGGAAAAAUGAAGCGGCAGUUUUUCAGUGUGCUCAAGGAAAGGAGCGGUAGAAUCGUCUGCUGUUUUGUGUUGCUCAUUGUCAGCUCCACUUCCUUAUAUUUAAGAAAUUUAGCAUCCCUCGUCUCUCCAGACAACCUGCCGGUGGCCAGUGAAGGACAAUUGAGACAGAGCAUCAAUUUGGACGACACACUUGACUUUGGGGCCAGACAAGAAGUUGAAACACGAGCAUCUUGGAAAGCUCCUAUCAUCUGGGAGGGGAUGUUUGACCCCAAUCUUUACGACCAAAAGCACAUCCAAAACCAGUCAUCUGUUGCCCUCACCGUGUUUGCUGUGGGGAGGUACCUGGAUGCCUACCUCAAGACUUUCCUGACCUCUGCAGAAAAACAUUUUAUGGUGGGACUACAUGUGACCUAUUACGUGUUCACGGAUCUGCCAGAGGAGGUACCAAACAUCGAGCUCGCUCCUAAUCGAAGCCUGAAGGUUAUUCCGGUGGAAAAGUACUCCAGGUGGCAGGACAUCUCCAUGAUGCGGAUGAAAACGAUAUCAGAUGCCAUAGAAUCAGAGAUUCGGCACCACUGCAAUUACAUCUUCUGCUUAGAUGUGGAUCAGGAGUUUAAGGGAAGAUUUGGCUCAGAGGCUCUGGGGGAAUCUGUGGCUUUGCAACACGCGUGGUAUUACAAACUUCCAAAGCAUAGGUUCACCUAUGACAGAAACCCCAAAUCCAAAGCCUACAUGGAAACUGGAGAUUACUACUACCAUGCUGCUAUCUUUGGAGGCUUGUGGAAAAAUGUGAAGGAUUUGGCAGAUUACUGCUUUCUGAGUAUCAUGGAGGACAAACUAAACAGUGUGGAGGCUCUGUGGCAUGAUGAGAGUCAUCUCAACAAGUACUUUUGGCUUAACAAACCAAGCAGGUUGCUCUCGCCUGAGUACUGCUGGGACCCAGUUAUUUUGGAAAUAAAGGACAUACACGUCACCCGCCUAAUAUGGGCACCAAAACAUUAUGCCAAACUUCGUACUCGGUAGAGUGGCUAGAAGAGCCACUAAUUGAAUUAUGUUUGCAAGAUGCAAGAUUUGCAAGAUUGUUUACUUUAAACUUUGUAUUGGUUUCGAAGUGUAACAGUCAGGGCUGCCGCUCCCACCACGCGCUGCGCAUAGGGCACCAAGUGUCGGAGGGUGCACCACAAUUAUGAUCAUCGUCAUAAUAAUCAUCAUAAUGAUGAAUGAUUUAAAUUUAAGAUGAAGCACAAGUGCAAAACUACAAUUGGCAUCAUUAGACCAUUAUAGGCAAUACAAAGAUGUACAUAUUUGCUCAAAAUAAUGAGCAGCGCGUGGCGUGACGGUCGUUUUUUAUUCCGGCGUCCGUGUUAACAGGUUAGACCAGCCACACAGCCCGCAGUGAGCUGAAAGUUUCACUGGAACUACUUAGUAGUUGUCCGAGAUCAGGAAUGAAUUCAGAGAACGAGUUUAGGUAAACUCAGAUCCAGUUGCCAGGGAGAAAAGUUAAAAGGUUUCAUGCAACAACGGCAGAGUCAAAAGCUAACAGCAGUUCAAUUGAAAUAAAAGAUGUUGCUCAUGUUAAAUAUCAUUAUCACAGUAAACAGAAUAUUAUAAUUGUAACACCUGUAUCCACACCCUCGCAAAAGGUUAUAAAUGUGCUUCAAGUUACUGUCAAAGCUCUGCCAGACUUUUUUAUAUAUGCAGGGAGGAAGGGUUAUAGCAUAAUUUGAGUGUGUAGUUUUCCUUUAACCUCUGAUUUAAGUGUUUUUACAUUUGACAUGUAAGUUUCUGUCUCAUGUCAUGCUAUACUGUAUGAUCCUUCAAGACUGCUAAGUCGAUGGUUUAUUGUUUCUCACUGGUUUCCCAUUGUUCAGCUGGCUAACUCUAUGGCAACACUUCACAUUAAACUCUAAUAUUUGCAUAUCA